UUACCAGGCUGAGCUCAACGACAUAGAGAUCAGUGUGAACAGCAGAAAUCCUGCUGCACGGAUUUCUGUCCUCCAAAAAUCCACUGUUUCACCUGACUAUCUGCCCCCUGCACCCACCUACAGCUUCUACAACAGUAAGGAGCUGCUGGACUGCCCUAACGGUGCUGAAUGUGAUGUUAUUGGCCUGCUGA